AUGUCAAAUAAUGGCAGAGGCAACACAAAAUACAACCCAAACCUCCUCAAGUACUCUUGCCACAUCCACUGCGGGGUGAGGCCUGUGAGCCCUGCGGUAGUAACAAAUCCUUUGGAAGAUGAGGCAUAUAGGAAUUACACAUCACAAGAGUCGCUUGAAAAUGAAAGGCGGUUAAGCGUAGCUGUGAUGCUAUCAAAACCAAUAAUAGCUCUUCAGUUUAAAGACUUAACAAUGCAAGUAGAAGCUCCUGUUGUAGUUCACCCUAAAACAAAACAACUCCAUUCUCUGAUGUUGCCAAAAGGGUUUAUAUGCAAGGAGCAAAGAGAUGAUGUAAUCGGUGGUUGUUCCACGGUUUCAUGA